AUGCCUGUCGGAACUGUCCUCGUCACCGGUGGAACGGGCUACAUCGGCUCCUUCACGACUCUGGCCCUGCUGGAUGCCGGCUACGAUGUCGUCAUUGUCGACAGCCUCUACAACUCCUCCAAGGUCGCUCUCGACCGCAUCGAGCUGCUGGCUGGCCGCCGUCCCGACUUCUACCAGAUCGACAUCACCGACGAGAAGGCCCUGGACGAGGUGUUUGCCAAGCACCCCGCCAUUGACAGCGUCAUCCACUUUGCCGCAUUGAAGGCGAAGUCCUCUGUGAUCCCUCUCGAGUACUACCGCGUCAACGUCGGCGGCAGCAUCGCCCUCCUCCAGUCCAUGACCCGUAACAAUGUCACCAACAUCGUCUUCUCCUCCUCCGCCACCGUCUACGGCGAUGCGACCCGAUUCCCCAACAUGAUCCCCAUCCCCGAGCACUGCCCCAUUGGCCCGACCAACACCUACGGCCGCACCAAGUCCAUGAUUGAGGACGUCAUCACCGACUACAUCAACGCUCAGCGCAACAACCUGGAGAAGGAGGGCAAGCCUUUCCAGCAGUGGAACGGCGCUCUGCUGCGCUACUUCAACCCCUGCGGUGCGCACCCCAGUGGCAUCAUGGGCGAGGACCCUCAGGGCAUUCCUUUCAACCUGCUCCCUCUACUGGGACAGGUUGCUACAGGCCAGCGCGAGAAGCUCCUGGUCUAUGGAGAUGACUACCCCUCUCGUGACGGAACCGCCAUCCGAGACUACAUUCACGUUGUCGACCUUGCUCGAGGCCACUUGGUCGCCCUCAACUACCUCCGCGCUAACCAGCCCGGUGUCAAGGCCUGGAACCUGGGUUCCGGCCGUGGCAGCACUGUCUUCGAGAUCGUCAAGGCAUUCAGCACCGUCGUCGGUCGCGAUUUGAAGUACGAGGUCGUUGCCCGGAGAGCUGGCGAUGUCUUGGACCUGACUGCCAACCCUACUCUGGCCAACACCGAACUGAACUGGAAGACUGAGCUCACCAUGGAGAAGGCCUGCGAAGACCUCUGGCGGUGGGUCAGCAACAACCCCCAGGGAUACCGACAGGAGCCACCAGCGGAGUUGUUGGCUGCCGUCAAGAAGGCGUAA